AAAGUUCAAUAUCGACCAGAUCCUCAAAAUAAAUCCGCACCUACAAGACAUGGAGUAAUUAAAGAAUUAAAACCAAAUUUAAAAUAUAUCGUCAAAACCGAUGGACAAAAAGAGAUAUAUAUUACUGGAAUUUAA